AUGGAGAUCCUGGGGAAUGUCAGUACUGGGAUGGGGAUACCAGGCAAGAGCUGCCACCCAGGGGAGCGGUGGCCACAGCAGCGAGUGACAGCCAGUGCACAUGGCUGGGGACACCGGGAUGGCUGGGAAGUCCAGACCCUCGGCCUUGCUGAUGCCCAGACCACCCAGCUCCUGGUGGAGCCCUCCUGGAGGCCGGCAGUGCUGUGGGACCGGGUGACACUGACCUGCCAGGGUUUGGGGACUGCCAGUGCCACCACCUGGUACAAGGACGGGCUGCGCUAGUGGCAGCAGGGAAAGGACCGCCUCAUUGUCAUCCUGAGUGGAACCUACGAGUGUGACAGACCUGGCAGUGGGCUCAGCCCCGCUGUGAAAGUCUCAGAUGACUGGUUGGUGCUGCAGAUGCCAGUGCAGGUGCUCUUGGAGGGGGACACAGUGACACUGCGCUGCUGGAGCUGGCAAGACAGCCCGAUCACCUCAGUCUCCUUCUACCACGAGGAGGAUGAACUGGAGGUGUUCCCUAAUGGCACUCAGCUGUCCCUGUCCCAUCUGCAGCUGAACCACAGUGGCCGCUACAGCUGCAAGGGCCAGGUGGAAACCUGGGGUUGGAAGGAACUCAGGGCCACAAAUCCCCCUCGCCUCUCCUGCCCUGAUCUCUCCCCUGUGCUGGUGCUGGGGGGUCCCCCCGAGCCCACCCAGGGGUCCCCCCUGACUCUCAGCUGCCUCAGCACCCCCAGCCCCCUCUGGACACGCAGCCCUCUCCUGCACGGGAUCUACCGGGAUGGGCAGGUGUUGGGGGGCCCACAGGGGUCCAUGCAGCUGCCGGUGCCCGCCGUGGGGGUCUCCCCCUAUGGGAAUUACAGCUGCGAGGCGCACUCCGAGGGUGGGGCUGUGCAAAAGAGCAGCGCCUGGCUCUGCAUCACGGUGCACAUGGCUGCAGGGCUCAUUGGGCCCCUUUUGUUCCUGCUCCUGCUCGUGGCUGUCAUUGUGGCCUGGCACCGGAGGCACGGUGUGGAUGCCAGGAAGCACCAGGAAAG